AUGGGUGCCGCCAAGCCCGUCGCCUGCUUCACGCCGCGCGGAGUUGACUUGGCCGUCUUCCACAAAUGUGCCAGAAAAACCGCCUGUUGUGUACAAAAAUCACACAAUGAAGGGAUGCAGACUUUCCAGUCAGUUCCGGUGGGACCGCCUCCCUUGAAUCCCACGGAAAAGUGCCAAGAGUGUGGCAACUGGGCAGGUGGUUGGAUGUGGUCUCUCUACGUGGUGACCUUCACAGGCAUAGCAGCUGUCUCCAGCCUGGCUGUGGCGUUCAUUGUGUCUGUUAGUCCCAUCCUGAAGUCUGUUGAUGGCGCAUGCAAGGCCUCUGAGAAGGCUGCAGUUAAACUCGAGAUAGCUGCAGAGGAGCUGGAGCAGGCGGCCAUUGUGUUUGAGGAAGACCUUCCACCGACCCUCAAGGCUCUGGAGCAUGCAAGCAGAGAAUUUGAAGACCUGGGGCAAAGUCUGAACAUGCUGAGUGGGGGUUUCUCAUCGCGUCGAUCGACAAAGAGGAGAAGAAAGCGGCGUCCAUCAACUGGCAAAGACAAGGGGGAAAAUCUGGGUGAGGGGCAGCAGGACUCUGAGCCAGAUACGAAAGAAGGGUUGAUGGUGACCUCAACGAUUGAUCUUGAGGCAAUGGAGGCUGAAGGCCAGGCAGCAAUGGAGGCAAUCACAAAACAAACGAUGAACGGCAUUGCCAAGGUUGCUGCAGAUUUGAACAAUAUGACUCAAGCCAUGAUGCCCACGAUGGACGAGUGGCGCGUUCGGCUUUUGAAAUCGCUGUUGCAGGCUGACCGCAAGGCCAACAGUGAGAGUGUAGCGCCUCAGGCAGCUGCCACAGAAAAUGGCAGCCAAAAAGCAACCACAGAGGCAAGCUCGAAGAGAAUUCCUGACACAAGCUUGGAGCCAAGCUCGUCUACGCUCAGCUGGAUAUCCGGGUGGCAAGGUAAAGCAAGAGAACCAGACUACCCAACGGGUGAGCUGGAAGAUGAGCCUGCAGGUGCUUCUCUGGAAAAGGCUGCAGAAAGGUUGUCAGAUGUCGUCGACCUACAGCCUGUGGCAUCGACCACAACAGAAUCUGAAGAGCUUGAGGACACUGCUGCUGAAGACACACUCCAAGAGGAGGACGAAUUGCAGGAUCGAAGAGAAGCCGCAAUGGAGGUUCUGGACGCGCUGCUCCGAGCGGAAAGGGCGGCACAAGAUGCUGCCAAUGCGUCUGGAGACCUUCAGCAAGCUGUGCGAGCGGCCCAAAAGUCGGGCGCCUUUGACGACAUUGAUGCAGACUUUAGCGGGGACUCGGAUGCCCUGCCCACCGUGAUGGCCGCGUCUCCACAUGACCAAGACUUUUAUAGCGGUGAUGAGACCCAUCCACUUGAGAGAGGGAUGGAUGAAGACGCCGUUGGCAGUUUUGACGACGCGAAGGUUGAGCACUGA